AAGAAAAAAAUUUAAAUAUUUUAUGAUAUAUAAAUUUAUUUGAAAUAUAAUUAUUUAUUAAGUUUAUAAAAUAUAUAAUGCACAUGAGCUUUUAUUAUGCGAUAAAAAUACUAUAAAAUUAAAUAUAUUUAAUAAAAUAUUAUAUUAAAUCUCAAAUUAUUAAAUAUUUUUAUAUUAUUAUUUUUAUAAUUUAAAUUUACACGUGUAACGCACGUAACGAGUAAUUCAAAAAAAAUAAAAUAAGAUUAGAAUUUAAAAAAAAAAAGAUUGAAUAAUUUAAAGGAUAUAGAUAUAAACUUAAAGAAAGCCACGAGCAAUUUAUUUAAACGACAUCUUGCAGCUACAUGGAACUUUGUAGGACCGCAUCUUUCUCUCUGUUUUCUAUUAAGCAGUUGACCACGUGGAACUGUCCAUUUAAGUGGGAAAUAUUUAAUAACAAUUAAUAGAACAGAGAGCUACAAAUUUCCAGUGAUACCCAUUUCCCUAAUCGUUCUUGCUUCAAGUUCGUUCUGCUAUAAAGAAAGAGAAAACCCAGUACUUUGUUCUCUGGAAUCUUUUUCAUCAUCGGCAAUCAAUUCUGGAUUCCUUCGAGAUGUGGGUUCUGUGAUCAUAUUUUGGUUUCUUUUCUUGAACCAAAUUCUUUAAAGAUUGAAGUGAAAAUACCCUUUCUAAUUUUAUCAUUCUUUGCAAGAUUGAAUUCCAAGUUUUGCAGAGGAGUCAGGGUUGAUCAUUAAUUUUUUACAGCAACAGCAACAUUAUAGUCAUUUGGGUUGGUUUUGGUACAACACUUUUUAUCAAUCUUGGCAAGAAAGAACCAUGGAUAAUCUUCCUGACGAUCUUGUCAGUCACAUCCUCUCUUUUCUUCCAAUAAGGGACGUAACUCGAUGUACAACCAUAUCUAGUAGAUUUGGAGAGUUAGGCAACAGGAUUCUUGCUCAAAGCCUAAAGAUAGAUUCAAGAACAGUAGGAGCCGAUCCAAGAACACGCCGUAAAUAUUCCUUUUCUUUUGAUAGACAGUGGAGGGAAUUAUUGCGAGAGAGGAGUAUGGCAACGUUUAUUCUGUUCUGGGAGUUCAGUGUUGCACCUCUUGCAGAAAGACGUAACGCAAUCAGAUGGAUAAAUUAUGCUGCGGCUCGUAAUGCCAAAGUGAUGAUCAUUCAUCUACAGAAUACUCUUUAUCUGCCACCAUCUGUCUAUAAAUUGAAAUCGCUGGAGUAUCUUUCUUUGAGUAAUAUUAAAAUGAUGCGAUUGUAUGACAAUGAAGUUCGUUUUGGUUCACUUGAGGUCCUAUCUUUAUGCCACGUAAGAGUUACUAAAUCCCCCUUGCUUGGAGAAUGGAUAACAGCAAAUUUCCCUAGACUAAAGGAACUGAAUUUUAUAUCUGUAGAAGGGGUACGACUUCUUAAUGUUUCAAGCACAUCCCUUGAAAAGUUUUGUCUUUCUAAGAGCAUUAAGGAUGAUCUCCACAGUGUCGACGUUUCAGCUGAGAGACUUAGGGUGAUGAUUGUUUGGUAUGUGACUAGCCCGGAUACUAGGCAAUCUACUUCAUUAAGAAUUACCGCGCAAAAUCUUGAAUCUUUGACUCUAGAUGGAGACAUUCUUGAUGAGUAUCGAUUAACAAACUUAAACAAUCUUCAGGAAGCUUAUCUUUACUAUAAUGGGCGUGAUUCUUUGGAAGAAGGCAGAAUGGUGGGUCAAAGGGUAGAAAUUGUUCGCGGCGUAAGUCAGGCUAGACGUGUAUUCUCACAUGAAUUUUUCGUCAAGCCACUGAUUGAAAGAGGACUGCUGCGGCGACUAGCAACAUUUGGCAGAGCAGAAUCCUUCUUUCUUUACGUUGAGUCACUGGACUUCCCAUUCCGUUUAAUUGCUUCGUUCGUUAAGGCAUUAUUACGGCCGAAUCUGAGGAUGAUUAGUAUUACGUAUAUCAAGCACUCAGUGACUUCGCCUGAGGGAACUUUCUUUCAGAGUCAGAUAACCCAAAUGGGUACGGAUCUGAUGCAGAAAACCGUUCGUGAUGAACUGGAGACUGUGACUGACAUAGAGAUAGACAUAGAUGAUGAUUCAGACUGUAUUUCAAGAGUACAGAUAUUCUUCCAAACAUAGAUAGUUAGAGUUAUGAGAUAUUGUAGUAAGGAUGAUGAAGUCUCUGGUCAUUUCUUUGUUCUUUGUUUGUUUUGUCUGAAUUGGCAGUAAGUAGCACAUUUAUUAGGAAGUUUAUAUUUUGGGUUAAGGAA